ACAGAAAGUGUGUGUGUGUGUGUGUGUGUGUGUGUGUGUGUGUGUGUGUGUGUCAGUGUGUGUGUGGAGGCCGACCUGUGAACAGUCACUCCGCUGCUGUUGGAGGGCAAAGUUUACAGAUCUGCUCCCGGUAAAACCAGCGCGAUUCUGCCGCAAAACACACACCGACAGCCGGACUCAUGCAGCAUGUAAACCCGGCCUGAGGACCGCUGAGAGCCCGGUGUCUCCCUCUCUGAUCAGGUCAGAUCUGAUAGCCCGGUGUCUCCCUCUCUCUGAUACAGACCUCUUCUCCCGGGGUGUCUCUCUCUCUCUCUCUAAUCCGGGACUAUGGGGGGUAGCCUUGGCUGCCACCGGUCCAUCCCCCGGGACCCCACGGACUUCAGCUGCGGGAAACGUAAAUUCAGCGCCGCCUGUAACUUCGGGCCGGUUCUGGUGAACCAGGAGCGGCUGAACAUCAACACUGCGACCGAGGAGGAGCUGAUGACUCUGCCGGGGGUGAACCGGGCCGUGGCGCAGAACAUCACGGAGUACCGGGACUGCAUCGGGGGGUUUAGAAAGGUGGAGGAUCUGGCUUUAGUGAGCGGGAUCGGAGCCACCAAACUCGAGAUUAUAAAGCUGGAGAUCUGUGUUUCUAGUCGGACUGGUUCCUCGCAACACUCCCCGUCCUCCGUGCGUAAAGACGCGGAACACACGCCUGGAUCCGGGAUCAACAUCAACACCGCGACCCCGGCGCAGCUGCAGAGCCUCCGGGGAAUCACGGAGAGGAUCGCGGGGAACAUCGCGGCCUACCGGGGGGAACACGGUCCCUUCCGGAGCAUCGAGGACUUGGUUCGGGUGAAAAACAUCAACAGUUCUCUGUUAGACCGGAUCCGCUUCCAGGUGUUUGUGGAGAGGUCCAGAGCUCCGUCUACCUCCAGGUCUCACCCGAGCCCCACCUCCUUCAGCAGCGAGGAGAUGGAUCCAGGAGGACCGGCUCACAUGCUCUCAUCGAGGCCGGACUUGGAGCCUCUUUCCGGGCUGCGGGACGGUAAGCCGGUGGUCCGGAUCGGAACCUGGAGCCUGCAGAGCUGCUGCUGCGAUAAGGCCAACAACCCGGGGGUCAAAGAGGUGGUCUGCAUGACGCUGCUGGAGAACGAGUGA